AUGGAUCGUCGUGUGCAGCGCAAGCGCCGGUUUUGCCGCUCCAGAGGGCUCUCCUGUCGAUCUGCACAAGAUGAAGGCCCACUUGAGCUGCUAGAGGAAGAGACGGGACGAUCAGUUGGUAUGUCGAGUCGGGCAUCUCUCCGUACAGGGGAAACAAUUGAAGCUGCAUACGGCACAGGAGGUGCGACAUCGCUCCCAAACGGACCGUCCCAUACUCAUGAAGCAGCCAUGGGCCGAGAAAUGCUACCCCCCUCGACCAUGGAAAUUCCCAAGAAGUUCAAUGGACGAUGCAGGAGGCACCGCAGGAAGGUGGAUCACUAG